AUGUCUUCUGAAGAACCCUCAUAUGAUGCUCUGAUCGUGGGGGCUGGGUUCUCUGGCAUCUUCCUCUUGCACCACCUCAGGAAAAUCGGCCUGAAAUGCAAAAUAUAUGAAGCUGGCACGGGUUUAGGAGGAACCUGGCAUUGGCAUACAUAUCCAGGACUGUGUGUUGACUCCGAGGUCCCCGUCUACGAAUACUCUGCGCCUGAGCUGUGGUCCGGCUGGACAUGGACAGAGAGAUACCCUAGCGGACAGGAGAUCCUUAGAUAUUUCGACCAUGUUGAUCAGGUGUGGGACAUCAAAAAGGACGUGGAGUUUGGUGUCAAAGUCAUCGGCGCCCAGUUUAACGUACAGAACAACAACUGGGAUAUCAAAACUGAAGAUGGACGAACCACGCAUAGCCGAUUCUUUCUCGUUGCAGCGGGAUUCUGGGCUAAACGAUAUAUCCCAGACUUUAAGGGACUAGAUACUUUCCAAGGGAAAAUCUGUCACUCCGCGUCCUGGCCCCGGGAAGGUAUCGAUACUAAAGGAAAGCGCACAGCGAUAAUUGGAACUGGCGCUACGGGAGUACAGUUGACGCAAGCAUUGGCAAAGGAAUCCAGUAGCUUGACCGUAUUCCAGAGAACUCCAAACCUGGCACUGCCCAUGCGCCAGGGGAAGCUGACGCGUGAAGAGCAAGAAGCUCGAAAACCAGCGUAUCAGAAAUUCUUUCAGAAUCGAGAGACUACUUUUUCCGGCAUGAGGUAUGGGUUUUCGAAUAGAAUUGCCGUGAGUGAAUCCGAGGAAGAGCGGGAGGCACUAUUCGAGACCCUAUGGCAAAAUGGAGGAUUCGAGUUCUGGUUAGGAACCUAUCAAGACAUUCUUUUCGACCCCAAGGCAAACCGUUACGCAUAUGAUUUCUGGGCAAAGAAGACACGAGCAAGGAUGACUGAUACCCGAAAGAAAGACAUCGUCGCACCGUUGGAUCCGCCCCACGCAUUUGGAACAAAGCGGCCAUCCCUCGAGGAGGACUAUUAUGAGAUGUUUAAUCAACCUAAUGUGAACGUCGUCGACCUCAGGAAGAACCCUAUCGUUGAAAUUAAACCAGACGGAAUUCUUGUUAGUGACGGCACUUUCUACCCACUGGACGUGAUAGCCCUUGCUACGGGGUGUGACGCUGUCAGCGGAAGCAUGACAAACAUGGGCCUUCGUGACAUUGACGGCAAGCCUCUCGAAGAAGCCUGGAAGGACGGGGCACACACCUACCUCGGUAUGUGCAUCAAGGGCUAUCCGAACAUGUUUUAUCUAUACGCCACCCACGGCCCAACUGCGUUCAGCAACGGCCCGUCAGCGAUCGAAAUCCAAGGACGGUGGAUUGUAGAAGUAAUCAAGAAAAUCCAGAAAAACGGGUGGAAGUACGUGCACCCAACUAGUGAGGCACAGGAGAUAUGGAAGGAGAAAGUCAACGCGGUGUCAAACAUCACCCUCCUCCCACAAACAGACUCUUGGUAUAUGGGUGCCAAUAUCCCUGGUAAGAAACGUGAGCAGCUCAAUUAUGCCGGAGGGCUUAAGCGAUAUGAGGUGGAAAGUCAAGAUGCACUGAAGGCGUGGGAUGGUUUUGUGGUAGCUUAG